AUGGCGAUACCAUCCGGCAGAGCGUCGUUCAAGAAGAAGGAUGGUGUCUUGACGUUGACGCCGGAUCAGCAGUCCGUCAUCUGGACACCCGCGCCUGGCAAUGGCCCGCCCACCGUAUCGCUAUCGCUUGCCAACAUCACGAACUUGCAACAAACACCAGACACCGCGGCCAAGGUGAUGCUCAAGAUCUUUGAGAAGCCACCUGAUGCCACAGACCAGGUGCCGUACCUCUUCCACUUCACGUCAGAAGAGGCCCGAUCCGAGGCGAACGCCAUCAAGGACCUCCUUUCAAGACUCCUCGCCGACAUACGAUCCGGCGACCACAACCUGCCCAAGCCAGCCGGGACACCAAACCCUCACGCAAAUGGCGGGAACUCCACCCCCAAUCCUGGGGCAGGCGGCUCAGGCUCCGGCUCCAUGGCUUUCGCGAGCUCUGUCAACUCCAAACCCAGCACAGCGCGUUGGUUCGACGACGCCCAUCUCAAGGGCGAUAUCGAGUUACAGCAAUCCCUCAUGAAGAAAGACCGGACCCUGCACCAGACGUACAUGGACGCCCGCGCCACAAAACCCGAAUCCAUCUCUGACGCUGCGUUUAACGCGCAGUUCUGGUCCACCCGCACCAACCUACUCCGUGCUCACGCCAUCGAGGUCAACCAGCAAAAAGGAGCCUACAAUAUCCUGCCCGCCAUCAAGCCACGUCUCGAGAACGAUGUGCUCAAGCUCGACAUCACCGUGGAAAUGGUCCAGCUCAUCAUGGCACAGCACCCGCUCGUCAAGCGUCUGUACGACGAGAACGUGCCCAAGGUGCCCGAGAACGAGUUCUGGUCGCGCUUCUUCCUCAGCAAGCUCUUCCGCACCCUCAAGGGCGACAGAAUCUCGGACGAGAAGAAAGAGGGCAUCCGCCGCGACGCGCUCUUUGACGCCCACGAUGCGAGCGAGAACACGGCCACGUUCCAGCGCAAAAGCAUGGCCCAGAGCGUGCCGCACAUCAUCAACGUCUACGGCAACGAGGAGAACCAGGGCGGCUUCCGCAGCGGAAACCAAAAGGACGUCGAAAUGCGUCCCCGCAAAAACGUGCCCAUCGUCAACACCCUCAACUCUCUCAGCGAGAGAAUGUUGGCCAACGUCGCCCCCACAAUCGACAGGGAGAACGGCGACGAUCCAGAAGACUCAACCUUCCAAAAGCUCGCCCUUCGCGACCUGCAAGGCGACGCAAAGGAAAACAAAAUCAUCCUCAACGUCAAGGAACAGAACCGCUUCUUCUCCAAAAAGCAAGAGACACAAUCAGCAAACAACCUCGCCUUUGCCAAGCAGAACCCCGCCGACGUCAUCUUCGAGAUCCAGUCGGACCUCGAGAUGAUCGAGACGGACGACGCCGACGGCCUUAACCUCCGCGCCGGCAUUGGCAUCAUCGACGACAGCGACAGCGACGAAGAGACCCAGCGGCGUCCGCACGUCGGCUCCCGCGCGGCACGCAAGGCGGCCGGCGAAGACAUCAUGGCGGGCAUCCGCCAGCGGCGCUCUGAAAAGUACGGCGACGCCUCGGCCGACGCGACCAGGCCCAUGGGCCUCCCAGCCGAGAUUGCGGAGCGCUGCCAGCUGACGCACGCGACGACCGUAGAGUUCCUGCACCAGUUCUGGAACGCGUUCCUGUCCGGCGACCCGGACCGCGCGAACGAGCUGCAGUAUCUCGUUGAGUCUCUCAAGCGCUCCGCCGAGCGCAUCCAUGCGGUCGCCGACGAGGCCGAGAAGGCCCGCGACGACAUCAUCGCGGCGAAGAAGAAGGAGAUUAUAGACCACUACAAGGCAACCGGCAAGAAGAUUCGCGGAUGGCGGCCGGAGCACGAGAAGGGCGGACGCAAGGCCGUGCUGGCGGUGAUGCAGCCCACGCUGGAGGCGUUGAAGAAGGCCCAGGCAGAUUACCAGCGGGCUCUCGCGGCCGAGGGCGUGCAGCUCUCUACGGAGGCCUGA